AUGGACCAACACCGGCAGUUGUUAUUUUUGUUGGGAGUGGCGUGUCUGACGACUGCCGACACACACUCGUUUACCAAGGGAAACACAAACACCGAAAUCAUAUCCUCUCGGGAAGUUUCCCGGACUGAACCACCACCCCAGAACGAGCAGCCAUCCCAAGUCAAACUUCCAUUGCGAGAAGAACCUUUAUCCCAGAGCCAACUUUCAACUCAAAGUCAACUAACAACGCAUGUUGAAAAUUCUACUCACGCCCCUUGCAGAAGUGGUAGUAUUAACAACGAAGAUACCAACGAGUCCACAAUACCUACUUCGACUACUGUUAGCGUCGAGGCAGUCACUGACAGACUUCGCAACCAGGUGAUACGGUUGACUAAUGAGCUUAGUAAAGCGGUUGCCGCGCUACACAUCGCUCAGCAACGCGAACGAAAGCUAGCUAUAUUGGAAAGAGAGAAAUACAGUUAUGUAAAAGUGGCGUCAGAAAAGGUGCUGAGUCUAGUGGACAACGUGCAGCACGCCGAGAACGGAUUAGCCGCUGACACAUAUCGGGAACGGCAGGUCCAGCAGCGGCUGGCCCGCACCCAACGGACGCUGGGUCGAUCGCGCCGCCGGUUGCAGGUGAUCCGCCGACUGUUAGCCGGCGCGGAAGUGGGUCUGGUGCACUUGGAGAGCAGUAGGGUGCUAAGCAUGUGCAGCGGAAAUAGCAAGAAACCACAGGAAACGUAG